AGUCUGUUCUUGUUGCCAUUAAAGCUAAUGGGAAUUUUGCUGUUGACUUCAGUGGGGAGCUGAAUGUCACCAUCUGGGACCUGCCGCUUGGGUGUAAAAGCUGUUUAAAAGGAAAGAUUGCCAACGUGGUCAAAGUGUGUACAAAAGGUCAAGUAGUGACAGGCCAGUACCGUAUGCUUGCCAAGCACGGUGGAUACGUAUGGCUGGAAACUCAGGGAACAGUGAUUUACAAUACGCGCAACCUACAGCCUCAGUGUAUCGUCUGUGUCAACUAUGUGCUGAGUGAAAUUGAGAAGAACGAUGUUGUGUUCUCCAUGGACCAAACGGAAUCACUCUUCAAGCCUCACCUGCUGACAAUGAGCACCGCCUAUGAGAGUGGCAUCCCUGGCACGGAGAAGAGCGACUUCUUGUUUACUAAGUUAAAGGAGGAACCAGAGGAGCUUGCUCAGCUGGCACCAACACCUGGAGAUGCCAUUAUUUCCCUGGAUUUUGGGACGCAGAAGUUUGAGGAGGCCCCUGCCUUCCCCAGUGCUGUUUUGACACCAAACAAAGCAUGGCCAGUGGAAGUGAAAAGCCACGCUGCUCAAGGUGAAACACUGACAAUACCAUCCUUUACAAUGCCUCAGAUUGCACCUGGCAGCAGUACCCCAAGUGCAAGCAGCAACAGUAGCUGUUCCACGCCAAGCAGCCCAGGAGAUUAUUACAGUUCUGUGGAUGAAGAUCUUAAGAUUGAGGUGAUUGAAAAACUCUUUGCCAUGGACACAGAAUCAAAAAGUCAGUGCAACUCCCAGACUGACUUCAAUGAACUGGACCUUGAAACCUUGGCUCCUUACAUUCCUAUGGAUGGAGAAGAUUUCCAGCUCAGCCCCAUCUGCCAAGAGGAACGCCCUCUCUCUGAAAGUGCACAAAAUACCCAGCAGAGUCUAAGUAGCAUGAGUACCAUCUUCCAACCCCUUGCUUCUGCUUCACAGAAUCAGUUCCUCCCAGAGAAAUAUUGCCCACAGCUAUCAAAUAAAAACGUUAACCCUGGUCAUGGGUCCCUAUCAUCGGUGUUCUUCAACAAUGUGAGUAGGUCAUCACUGCCACCGUACCAUGACCAAGCCAGCACUCCCCUGUCUUCGAUGGGAGGAAGACCAAACACCCAGUGGCCACCUGAUCCCCCAUUAGAAUAUGUUCCUGCUAAAUGGAGACUCAUGGAUAAAUACUCAGGAUCCUUAUCAAGUUCCCCCUCAGGGCCACCAGUACAUUCUCCGAGCAUGCCCAUAUAUAAAAAAAGGCCCCUGGAUGCUUUUGGACAACGAGGCAUAGAUAUAAACCCGGCAAGAAUUGCUCUGUCUAACAGCUUGAAGCUGAAGCGACAACUGGAUUAUGAAGAACAUGCAUUGCAACAGCUGAGUGGGGGCGAUCCAUCUGUCAUUAACCCAUCUCACCUAAUGUGGAAGAGAAUGAAAUUUCUCAAAGGUGAAAACCGUUCCUUGGUUACAGAAAAAAAGUCCCUCAGCACAAGUGUUCUUACCGAUGAAUUUGUCUGUAACUCAAGAGGUCUGAGCCAACCAAUGAAUCAACUGCAGCAGCAGCAGCAGCAACCACCCACCUGUGGCAGUCCUGGUGAGAAUUUGAAAGCAGGAGCUUUUCCCCCUCCAUUUUACAGUUCCCAUUAUCAGGACUAUACUGUUCAGCCAGUUCAUAAAGCAUCAGGUAUGGCCAGUCGUCUGCUGGGGCCCUCAUUCGAACCCUACUUGUUGCCCGAGUUGACAAGGUAUGACUGUGAGGUGAACGUCCCCGUUUUGGGCAGCUCUACGCUUCUGCAGGGCAGUGAACUGCUCAGAGCACUGGACCAGGCAACCUGAGCGAUCCUGCAAUAUUCCGUGGCCUAUACUGUUCAAAACAGCUUCAGUUUUUAAAUAUAUUUUUGCAAGUAGACAAUUUCUAAUACCAAUACACUUUUACAGGAUUUUACUUAGAUAUUGAACCUGUCCACGUUACCAAAUAGUGGCCUUUUGAAGUUACUCACUUUAUUAUUCAUAUAAAAGAAAUACAUCUACUGUAUUUUCUCUAUUGCAAUUAAAGUGUUGUUUAGAGAGUUUGAUUACCCUCCCUUUUAUCUCAUCACUUGUAAUUUAUACUCUGAAAUUUUCUUCAAAAUUCAUGCUAAUAAAA